AUGUGGAAAAUCUUGGGUUUACCCACGUAAUAUUUUAAAAAAUUUGUAAUACUGUUGCAAAAUUCUUUCCUGUUAUAUCAUUCACUGAUUCAAGGGAUCAUGCUAAAAACCUCAGAUGCCCAAAAAAAAAAAAAGAAGAAGAAGAGGCUUAUGGGGGGAAUUUCUCUAUUGGAUCUUGAAUCUAUUUCCGUAAAUUAUCAGAAGAGAAAUGGACUGCGGUAUGAAGCAUCAGAUAAUUUCUCAUUCAUAUGUAGAGGAUGAAAGCAUGAUGGAUAUGGGAUCUGCAAAUUACGGCUGCUUGCAUUACCAGAGAAGGUGUAAGAUUAGAGCACCCUGUUGCAAUGAGAUAUUUGAUUGCCGGCACUGUCACAACGAUGCAAAGAAUUCAAUAGAUGUCGAUCCACUUGAGCGUCAUGAUAUUCCCCGUCAUGAAAUAAAAAGGGUCAUCUGCUCUUUGUGUAACACAGAACAAGAUGUUCAACAAACUUGUAUUAAUUGCGGGACUUGUAUGGGGAAGUACUAUUGUUCAAAAUGCAAAUUCUUUGACGAUGAUGAAUCGAAGAAUCAAUACCACUGUGAUAAAUGUCGAAUCUGCAGAACUGGUGGCAAGGAAAAUUAUUUCCAUUGUGACAGAUGUGGAUGCUGCUAUUCAAAUUUAUUGGAGUCACAUAUUUGUGUAGAAAGAGCAAUGCACCACAAUUGCCCGGUUUGCUUUGAGUAUCUAUUCGAUACCACAAGAGACGUUACUGCAUUGCCGUGCGGCCACACCAUACAUCUCGAUUGUGUUAAGGAGAUGGAAAGACAUUGCCAGUACUCUUGCCCGGUUUGCUCAAAAUCAUAUUGUGACAUGACCCUCAUAUGGGAGAAGCUGGAUCAGGAGGUCGCUUCAAUACCUAUGCCAGAAAUGUAUCAAAACAAGAUGGUAUGGAUCCUCUGUAACGACUGUGGAGAAACAUCGGAGGUGAACUUCCAUGUCGUAGCGCACAAGUGCCUGAAUUGUAACUCCUACAAUACAAGGCAGACAAGAGGAGGUCAUUCUUUGUGUGCGUCUAGGAUGUCAGAAAUGGUUAGUUGAUUGGAUAAAAGAAGGGAUUUAUCCAUUUGUUCGUUCGCUCUUCGCCAAGUAUAUCUGUACUUCUCAAUGGAUGGAGCAUAAUAUCAUACUGGGGUUCUCAUCUAUCUUUUUCAGUUGAUAGUAGAAUCCAGUCAUCAUUCUGAAGAACACAUCCAUUUCUGCUAUUUUACAUUUUUAUGAAAAUUAAUGAAAUUUUUUUUUCAUCACAAGCUUGA